AUGGAUGCUCUUUCAGCUACUGAUUUGGAUGAGGGCAUUAACAGUGAAAUUCACUAUUCAUUUAUUGGAAGCGGAAAUAGCGAUGAAAUGAACCUGUUUACUAUAAAUUCAAACUCCGGGGACAUCGUUGUUCAAGGACAAAUUGAUUAUGAGGAACACUCUGCAAUUGAAUUGCGUGUUCAGGCGAGGGAUAAAGGCAGUCCUCCUAAAAGUACACAUUGUAAAGUAUUAUUAGAAGUUGUGGAUGAAAAUGACAAUGCACCAGAAAUUGUUACAACUCCGCUUUUGGAAAGCGUGAAGGAGGACGCAAAACCGGGUACUGAUGUUGCUUUCAUUACGGUUUCUGAUAGAGAUGGAGGUAAAAACGGGUUAGUGCAUUGUGCAAUUCAAGGCUCUUUUCCUUUCAAACUGGAGUUUUCAUAUGACAAUCAUUAUUCUCUAGUGGUGGACGGACCUUUGGACAGAGAGAGUGUUUCUCAUUAUAACAUCACAAUUACAGCUACAGAUGAAGGCACGCCUCCACUUUCCAACAGCAGUAUUAUUAUUGUACAUAUCGCUGAUGUUAAUGACAACGCACCGCAUUUUCCUGCAUCUGAUAUUAACACUUAUCUAAGUGAGAACAGCCAAGCUGGAGGACUCAUAACAAAAGUUACAGCUGAUGAUUCAGACACUGGUGAGAACGCUGAACUUUCAUAUUCAUUAUUAGAGAGUUCAAGCUCCAAUGUUCCUAUAACAACACUGAUCAAUAUAAACUCUUUAACUGGUGAAAUAUUCAGUUUACAAUCAUUUAAUCACGAAGAAACAAAAAGAUUUCAGUUUAAUGUUUUGGCAAUGGACUCUGGUGUUCCUCCUCUGAGCAGUAAUGUGACUGUAAAUGUUUUUAUUCUUGAUGAAAAUGACAACAGUCCAGUUAUUUUACAACCAAAUUCUAAUCCCGGAUCAGUAAAUACUGAGAGCAUUCCCUAUUCAGCUGAAGCGGGUUACUUUGUAGCCAAGAUCAGAGCUGUUGAUGCUGACUCUGGAUAUAACGCACUUCUGUCGUAUCACUUAACUGAACCCAAAGGAACGAAUCUAUUUCGAAUCGUUACCAACUCUGGAGAAAUAAAAACCAGGAGACGAAUGAGUGACAAUGACUUAAAAACUCACCCACUUAUCAUUACAGUGUCUGAUAAUGGAGAGCCAUCACUUUCAGCAACUAUGUCUAUGGAUGUUGUGGUUAUGGAGAGUAUGGAUGACAUACAGACAUCGUUCAGACAAGUUCCAGUUAAAGAGGAGAGUUUUUCCGAUUUGAAUCUUUAUCUGCUCAUCGCUAUUGUUUCAGUGUCAGUCAUCUUUUUACUGAGUCUCAUUGGUUUGAUAGCAGCUAAAUGCUACAGGACAGACGGGAGUUUCAGUCAGUAUUGCGCUCCAGUGAUCAGCACGCAUCCAGACGGGAGCUGGUCUUACUCCAAAUCCACGCAACAGUAUGAUGUGUGUUUCAGUUCAGACACAAUGAAGAGUGACAUAGUCGUUGUCCCCUCGCCAUUUCCAGCUGCAGACGCAGACCUUAUCAGCAUUAAUUGCGAUGACAGUUUUACAAGUAUUCAAACUCUUCCCACCACCAACAAGGUAAGAUAA